GCAGAGUGGACAGCGCAGCGGCCGCAGCAUGGAGCCGUACACGGUCUCUGGAGCUCAGCUCUCCCUGUCCGACCUUUACUCCGUCAUCCCCUUCAAUGUCACCUUCCCGGACGAGGACAGCGGCUUGAUGGGCAACGGGCUGCAGAACUACACCAAGCAGCAGAGUCCGGUGAGGAGCGCCGGGGGUAUAAUCAUAGCCAUAUCCAUCACGGCUCUCUACUCCGUCAUUUGCGUAGUGGGACUUCUGGGCAACAUCCUCGUCAUGUACGGGGUGGUCAGGUACACCAAGAUGAAGACAGCCACAAACAUCUACAUCUUCAACUUGGCCCUUGCCGAUGCCUUGGCCACCAGCACGCUGCCUUUUCAAAGUGCCAAAUACCUGAUGAACACCUGGCCGUUCGGGGAAGUCCUGUGCAAGCUCAUCAUAGCCAUCGAUUAUUACAACAUGUUCACGAGCAUCUUCACCCUCACCAUGAUGAGCGUGGACCGCUACAUCGCUGUGUGCCACCCGGUCAGGGCGCUGGAGUUUCGUACGCCAGUCAAAGCUAAGCUGAUCAACGUGCUCAUCUGGGUGCUGUCCUCAGCGAUCGGGGUUCCCAUUAUGAUAAUGGCUGUGACCAAAGUGGCAGAUAAUGGUAAAACCAUGUGCAUGCUGAAGUUCCCUGACCCUGACUGGUACUGGGACACAGUGACUAAGAUCUGCGUCUUCAUCUUUGCGUUUGUGGUUCCCGUGAUGGUCAUCACCAUAUGCUACGGCCUGAUGAUCCUUCGUCUGAGGAGCGUUCGUCUGCUCUCGGGCUCCAAGGAAAAAGAUCGCAACAUGCGUCGCAUCACGCGUAUGGUGCUGGUGGUGGUGGCUGCCUUCAUCAUCUGCUGGACCCCCAUCCACAUCUUCAUCAUUGUGAAGACCAUGGUGGAGAUUGACAGCAGGAACCCCUUCGUGAUAGCCAGCUGGCACCUCUGCAUCGCCUUGGGCUACACCAACAGCAGCCUCAACCCGGUCCUCUAUGCUUUUUUGGAUGAAAAUUUUAAGCGAUGCUUCAGAGAUUUCUGCCUCCCCUGCCGGACCCGCGUGGAGCAGAACAGUCUGAGCAGAGGCCGCAACACCACCAGGGAGCCCGUGUCCGUCUGCGCUCCUACAGAAGGAGGGAAGAAGCCAGCAUGACUAGGCAUGGACUGGGUCCCCCAUAGCUCUCGCUCAAGGAGGAUCCAACAAGAUCUGCAAUCAGAGGUCACUCAGAUCUCCACAACAGAGUUUUAAAACAUCUUUUCAACAACAAAAGCUAGUCCCAAAAUACAGUGGUUCCACUUACUGUCUCUAGUUUGACUGACAUACUGGAAACUGAACAGCUAUAGAUAAUGGAAAAUAAGUUUCACUCUAAUCUAACUUUCUAUUAAAGUUCUGAUAAGAAAGUGGAAUCUUUUCUGACACAGUACGUGUGAUGCCUUUCAAAGGCAGUGACAGUAGAUGGGAUGAAAGUGAGAGCCCACAUGAGUAAACUGAUAAACUGAUAAAACAAGGUUGCAAAACAGAAAAUCCCCAGCUCAUGAUUUGUCUGUCCAGAAGGACCAGGGUAUGAGAGUACAGGACUUUUUGAUGAUGCAAAAAGGACAAGGAAAGACCUGCAGGUUUCUGUCUUGUCAAGCGAAGAAUUCAUCGUUCAGACACGACCCAU